CUGUACUUGUACAACUUUUCGCCGCGCGGAAGGUCCGUCACUUCUCGGCCGCCCAGCGACAAGAAAAGCCGGUAUGUCGUUUCUGGAUCAACCCUGGUGUCCCACCGGCGUCCAGGUGACCGUGCUCCAAGCCCGGGGCCUUAGGGUGAAGGGCAAAGGCGGCACCAACGACGCCUACGCGCUCAUGCAACUGGGCAAAGACAAGUACCAGACCUCCGUGGUGGAGAAGAGCGUGGCGCCCGUCUGGAAGGAGGAAGCCGCCUUCGAGCUGCCGCAGCACGGCGCGGGAGGGGACCGGGGCACGCUGCACGUCCACGUCCUGCACCGAGCCCUGGUGGGUCCGGACAAGCUGCUGGGUCAGGCCGUCGUCGACCUGUUGCUGCUCAGUCCGGACAAGAGCCGCAACAAGACCGAGUGGUUCAAGUUACUGGACAAAAGCGGCAAGGCGGACAAAGACCGAGGCGAGGUGCUGGUGGACAUUCAGUUCAUGAGGAACAACAUGACGGCCAGCAUGUUUGACCUCUCCGCCGUCGGCAAGACUCGGUCCCGCCUGGGCAAGCUCAAGGACAAAGUUCGGGGCAAGAAAAAAGAACCGGAUGUGGCGGCGCCAUCCUUCAUGCAGGUUCUUACAGACAGUGAGGAAGAAGAGGAGGGGGAGGAUGGCAAGGCAGCUGUAGGCAAAAAGGAUAAGAAGAAACCUAAAAUCAAGUCUUUGUUUUCUCACAAGUCCAACCUGGAGAGGAACAUGUCACAGUCAAUGUCCAUUCUUCCUGCCAAGAACUCCUCACUGAGCGGCAGCCUGUCUUCUGGUCUCAACGUAGAUGCCUCUGAAGGCAAGAAGAAGUUCAAAUUCAUGAAACACAAACGCUCUGACAGCAAGGAGUCAUCUUUUCAGAAACGUACUUCUAUGGAGAAGAGCAACCUGUGCAUUAACGGGAGUCACGUUUACUGUGAGGAACCUCCGCCUCGCACCGCACGCAUCGGCUCCAACUUCAGUCUGGCCAGCUCGGGACACGGAUCUAUGGAGGAUGUUCCAGAAAGCUCCCCGCCACCAGUUGACUCACUUCCCUCGAUAAGGCAAUACACACCGUGGGAGGAGGAGGAAGAAGAGGAGAAGGAAGAAGAAAGAAGCAAGGAUUUGUAUGCCAAGAAGGAGAUGGAGAGGAUAAAAGAGCUUGAUGGGUUGGCUGAGGUUGGAGGGAGGAUUGAGCAGAGGAGACCAGAGGAAGAAGAGAGGGAAAGGGAUGAAGAGAAGGUCCAAAAGGAGGAAGAGGAGAGGAUUAAGAGACAAGAAGCAAGAAGACAAGAACUGGUAAGAUUAACAAUGGAAAAAAGGAGACAGGAGGAAGAAGAGGGUAUCAGAAGACAAGAGGAGGAGGAGCAAUUAGCAGAGGAAAGGAGAAAGGAGGAAGAAGAGGAGAGGAUGAGGAAACAAGAAGAGCAGGAACGAUUAGCGGAGGAGAAGAGAUGGGAAGUAGAGAUGAGAAGACAAGAACUGGCAAGAUUAGAAGAAAAGAUGAGACGGGAGGAAGAAGAGAGGAGAAGGAAUGAAGAGAGUGUGAGAAAGAAGGAAGAGGAGCAAGUGAGAAGACAAGAGCAGGAGCGAUUAGCAGAGGAACAGCGAAGGAAUGAAGAGGAGGCAAAAAAGGAAGAAGAGAGGAUGAGGAGGAGGAAGGAGGAGAAGGCCAUGCAAGAGAAAAUAAAAAGGGAGGACGAGUGUGUGAGAAGACAAGAGCAGGAGCGAUUAGCAGAGGAACAGCGAAGGAAUGAAGAGGAGGCAAAAAAGGAAGAAGAGAGGAUGAGGAGGAAGGAGGAGAAGGCCAUGCAAGAGAAAAUAAAAAGGGAGGACGAGUGUGUGAGAAGACAAGAGCAGGAGCGAUUAGCAGAGGAACAGCGAAGGAAUGAAGAGGAGGCAAAAAAGGAAGAAGAGAGGAUGAGGAGGAAGGAGGAGAAGGCCAUGCAAGAGAAAAUAAAAAGGGAGGACGAGUGUGUGAGAAGACAAGAGCAGGAGCGAUUAGCAGAGGAACAGCUGAGACUUGAAGAGAAAGCUAGACAGGUGGAAGAGGAGAAGAUGAGAAAAGAGGAAGAGGAGCACGUUAGAAGACAAGAGCAGGAACAAUUAGCUGAGGAACAGCGGAGACUUGAAGAGAAGAGAAGGAAUGAAGAGAGAGCCAGGAAAGUAGAAGAGGAGAAGAUGAGAAAAGAGGAAGAGGAGCACGUUAGAAGACAAGAGCAGGAACGGUUAAAUGAGGAACAGCGGCAACUUGAGAGGAGAAGGAAUGAAGAGAGGGCUAGAAAAGUGGAAGAGAAGAUGAGAAAAGAGGAAGAGGAGCAAGUUAGAAGACAAGAGCAGGAACGAUUAGCUGAGGAACAGCGGCAACUUGAAGAAAAGCGAAGGAAUGAAGAGAGAGCUAGAAAAUUGGAAAAGGAAAAGAUGAGAAAAGAGGAAGAGGAGCAAGUUAGAAGACAAGAGCAGGAACGACUAGCUGAAGAACAGCGGCAACUUGAAGAGAAGAGAAGGAAUGAAGAGAGAGCUAGAAAAGUGGAAGAGAAGAGGAGAAAAGAGGAAGAGGAGCAAGUUGGAAGACAAGAGCAGGAACGACUAGCUGAAGAACAGCGGCAACUUGAAGAGAAGAGAAGGAAUGAAGAGAGAGCUAGAAAAGUGGAAGAGAAGAGGAGAAAAGAGGAAGAGGAGCAAGUUGGAAGACAAGAGCAGGAACGACUAGCUGAAGAACAGCGGCAACUUGAAGAGAAGAGAAGGAAUGAAGAGAGAGCUAGAAAAGUGGAAGAGAAGAGGAGAAAAGAGGAAGAGGAGCAAGUUGGAAGACAAGAGCAGGAACGAUUAGCUGAGGAACAGCGGCAACUUGAAGAGAAGAGAAGGAAUGAAGAGAAAGCUAGAAAGGUGGAAGAGGAGCGAGUGAAAAGACAAGAGCAGGAACGAUUAGCUGAGGAACAGCAGAGACUGGAGGAAGAGGAGAGAACUAGAAAGGAAGAGGAGAGGAGAAGACAGGAACAGUUGGCAGAAGAGAAGAGGAGACAGGAGGAAGAGGAGAGAAAGCUGGAGGAGAAAGCAGAAGAAGCAAAAAGGAGGAAUGAGGAAGAGCUUGAGGAGCAAUGGAGGAGAGAAAAGAAGGAAGAGGAAAAGGGAAAACCUUCCGAAGAGGAACACCGAAGGAUUGAAGCUGUAAAGAGGGAAGAAGAGCAAAAGAAUUUGGAGGAGGAAGAAAAGCGACGGGAGGAGCAAGAGCUGAGGAUGAGAGCUAAAGAAGAGGAGGAGCGAGAAAGGAGACAGAAGGAUGAGGAAGAGGAAAAGAGGAGAGAUGAAGCAUGUCAGAAAAGUGAAAAAGCUCUUGUUGGGAAUACACAAGUAAAUUCCUUUCAUCCAUUUAUUGAAGACUUGUCUAAUAACCCCUUUGCGGACGACAUUCCCAACUCACCUUCUGGGUCAAAAGACGGCACUUCACAGCCAACCAUCUCGAAAAGUUGCCCACCGCCCGAGCGCUCGGUGGGAAGCAGCAGUGUUCCCACAGAUGAAAAGAGCAAUCCGGUUAGUCAGCGUGAGAAGCGACCAGCACCUCAGCCUCCAGGAAGGACCCGAACGGAUGGAUGUGAUAAACCUUCCCUACAUCCGGCACCGAUGACCAAGCAGCUUAAGGAGGAGGUGGUAAAAACUGCCAGUGUUUCGCCUCAGCGCACGGUACAGACCAUCCCCCCUCGGAGCAGAUCUCCCACUGACGCACAAAAGAGUGGUGCAUCCAAACACACUAAACGUCCCGCACCAUCAAUACCUAGCUCUGAAUCCAAUGCUGUCACAGUCGUUUACAGCUUGAAUCCAUUUGAAGGUGGUGGUGAUGAUGGGAACGAGCUUGCUGCACAAGAUGAAACAUCCUCUGAUAAUCACAGUUCAGUGUCAUGGCCCCCACCUGUGUCAAAAACCCCGGAACCAGACGCCACUUCUCAAAGCAAAGUCAAAUCCUCUAAAGUUGCUCGUGCACCUGCCGCUCCCGCUAAGACUGCUGCUACAUCAAGCACACUAAAUACGCAAAGCACUGACCCUGCUCGUACUUUACCUGGUGGUGACACUAAAACCCAAACACCCAAGGCCAUUCAGGCUUUGUCACAUGAGGAGAGUCCACCAAAAAAGGCCAAGACUGGGAUGCAGCAGCAUGGGCAGGAUGCAGGUGGAAAGAAGGAAGCGCCUCCAGCACCUUUGCGCAGACUUCAGCCUGUGAAACCGCUCAGUGCUCAGCAACAGCAUCCUGUCACGGAGAUCCAAGUAGAAAAAGAGAAGUCGGUGAGAAUUGCUGGUAAAGUUGAGGAGAACACAAAGGUAAAAGUCAGUCAGGAGAAGGGGCCGUACUCGAUGCUCACCCGGGAAGAACUCAUCUCUUUGGUGGUAAAGCAAGAGAAGCAGAUGCAGAACAAGGAGAAAAAGAUAGCAGAGCUGGAGCAGUAUAUUGACAACUUACUAGUGCGCAUCAUGGAGGAACAACCGAACAUUCUUAUGUCUAUGAAAAAAGUCGUCUAGGUGGAUUUUGCAUGUUUAACUCUUCUGCACCGCAAAGAUAAUUAAAUUAGUCCAGAUAUGCAUUUUUCUAAAUAUGAAAGCCAUUACUAUUUUUGCUACAAUUGAGCAGUGCAAUUAUUUUCAAGAUUUUAAAUUGGAUUAAAUGAUGCCACUUAAGUACUAUUUUAAUAGCAGAUGAAAAAAAUUGAAAAUGCCUCCUGUCUGUCCUCUUUUGUAAACUCCUUUUUGGUGGUUCAAACUAUGAAUUUGUUACAUAAGCACAUCUUGCACUGUUAAAGGUUUACAUGAUCAAAAAAGCACUUUACUCGGCUUAUGGCAGAAUUUCUACACUGAUUCCAAUGUACUGUUGUCAAGUAUUAACAUAUAUGAAACUAAAUAAAAAUGCCAAAUUAAUUUCCUUAUUUUGCCAUUCUAAUCCUCUUGUGUGCGUGCACAAUGCUUUGUCUAUUUUCAAACUGUAAAAUUUAACUUUCCGUUUUGUUUGUAUUCAUUGUACAAUUGUAUUGAAUCAGGACAGUUUUCCAUUUCCAGGAUUGUUACAAGAAUAAAGUCUUAUCUUUUCAGCAA